AUGGCGGAGCUUGCGACGGGGGCCGUGAGCACGCUGCUGGGCGUGAUCAGCAACGAGGCGCAGAGGCUGGGCCGGGUCCGAGGUGACGUGCAGUUCAUCCAGGAGGAGAUGGAGAGCAUGAGCAGCUUCCUCGCGAACCUGUCCCGCUGGAACAUCCGGGAUCAGCAGGACGACGGCGGCGGUGGCGACGAUGACGACCAGGUCAGGACCUGGAUGAACCAGGUCCGGAUCCUCGCCAACGACUGCAACACCUGCAUCGACCUCUACCUCUACCGUGGGGACCCCGAGCUGCACCGCUCCAAGGCCGGCCUCCGCCGCUACCUCUACCUCUGGUGGGCUCCCUGGCUCAUGCGCAAGACGCUCGCGCAGCACCGUGCCGCCGGCCAGCUGCGCAAGCUCAAGGAACGGGCGCGGGAGAUCGGCGAGCGCCGCCUGAGGUAUGGCGUGGAGGUCAAGAAGUCCUCCAGUUCCGGUUCCGGGCUCACCAAGGAAGACGGCCAUGGUGAAGAAGAAGACGACGACGAUGAUGAUGACGGGGCCCGUCGUUCACUCAAGGUGGCCUUGUACAUGAUGAACAUGGACGAGGAAGACUACUUGAAGUGGAGGCUAGACGACCAAUGGAUCAGACAAGUGGUGCUGCAGGGCACCUCUGGAUUGAAACAAGUAUUUUUGCCGUCCAUCGUCUUUCUAGUACCCGGGACGGAGGACGCUAGCCUUCUUGCGGAUCAAGCCAUGGUUGUGGCAGAGCGCGCCCUUACUAUACCUCUGGUGCCGCUGGAUGCCCGCGGGGCUCCCGCGAGUGAAGAAGCCCACCUUGAGCAUCAUGGCGAAGAAGAAGAUGAGUCGGCAAGUGUACAUAUAUACAAGAUCCCAAUGAAGUACCGCCAGAACGUCGCCUUGGUCGAUGUCUCGGAGAUGCACUAUCAUCUCCUACCGCUGCGACCUGAAGACCUUCUCUACUACAUCCUGCAUGAGCUCCUCCGGCAUAUUCCGAAGCCCCAAUCAUCCAAGGAGGAGGACCAGCAGCAAGCCACGGCUCCUCCUCCUACUCCUUUUUCUGUUUACCGGAGCAAAAGGGAGGUGUUUCGUGAAAUCAAGCAUGAAAUCCAAGAAAGAAACGAGGUUAACAAGAAGAUUGAAGGCCUCAAGACAGAGAUUUGCCAAGCGCUGAAGUCCAAGGAGGGGAGAAAACAGGACAAAAAGGACGUCAAAUGUGAAGAGUUGAGCUUGCACAAACUCUUCUGUCUGCUCAUCGAAUCAACUGUUGCCGCAACUGAACAGGACCGAGCCAGUAAAGCCACGCGUAAACUGGAAGCACCAUACAAUUACAUCAUCAAACAAACAGCCAUGAAGCUUAAAGAGGAAAUAGAAGGCGGCACAAACAAGCGGGCCCCUGAAUACGAACACAUCCUAUGCAAUGUGUUCCCAAAGCCGGCCACCGGUGCCACUGUUGAUGAUCAGAUAAAAGAAAUUGAAGAAACCACAAGGAAGAAUAUGGAAGAGAUCGAGAAGAAGAUUACAAAGCAGCUGAAGAUCAAAGGAAUUGUGCGCAUGAUUCAAGAUUGUUUUGAAGGAGAUAAAAGGAUCCCGGUCAUCCUUAGAACUGAUGGCAACUGUGUAUCCAAAUGGAAGGAGACCAGGAACACUCUGAGUCUGCUGGGAUGCGCCCCCAUCGCGGGUGCUAUCAUUGUGGCCACAAAGACCACUCAACUGCAGGAUUUUAAGGAAGAAGAUCUCUGUUAUCCACCGUUGGAGCUCAUAGAAUACUCUCCUGUUGGCCGCUUCCUCGAUACUGUGCUCCAGGUUACAAGACAACACAUGCGUGAAGGGAGCCGUCAGAUCCUUCGCAAGAUAUUCUACGAGUGUGAGGACGCAGAUGAAUUCUGCAUGAAGAUCUUCGCCCACGCAAUGUACGAUAAACCCAAGAGGGGCAGCCAAGAGCUGCGUAAGCUGCACAUGAGCAUCAUGCAUGACCAUGACUCACAAAAAUCAUUGCCCAGCGUUGCCAAGAAGAUGUUCAAGUUCUCCUACAAGGACCUACCUAAACAGUACAGGUCCUGCUUGUUGUACCUCGCCAUCUUCCCUCAAGGAGAAGAGAUCAAGCGGUCAACCUUGAUAGAACGAUGGGUUGCAGAAGGGCUGAUAACCACCAAAAAAUGGAGUUGGUCCUCAUCAGUGGCUGAAGCUGAAAAUUGUUUUAAUACGCUCAUCGCCCGGUGCCUUGUUUGUCCUGCCGGCAAUGGCAUUGGUGUUGCUGGAAGGUUCAAGAGUUGCAAGGUGGAUGAGCCAGUUUAUGGAUUCAUCACCAAGAUUGCCAUGAAGCAGCGCAUUCUGGAUACACGCCUGUCAGGUGGCUUGGCUCGCCACUUCUCCAUUUUCAGCGAUGUCCGUCUCCGCAACUCUGAGAAAGUCGAGGAUUUCUUGAAAAGUAUACCCAAGUCAUCUCAGUUCUCCAAGCUCAAGGUGCUAGAUCUAGAAGGUGUUGCUUGUCUCGCGGGGAAACAUCACUACUACCUGAGGGCCAUAUGCAGUAAGAUACUAAUGCUGAAAUAUCUAAGCCUAAGGAGAACAGAUGUUACCGAGCUACCCAGAGAAAUCAACAAUCUUCUUGAGCUGGAGGUACUGGAUAUCCGGCAGACCACGAUUCCUGCGUAUCAAACAAGAAAAGUCCUUAUCCUAAAGCUCAAGCGCCUCUUGGCUGGUCAUGUUGCCGGAUUCUCCAGUGUCCAGAUCCCUGAGAGGAUCGAAAAAAUGGAGGGUAUGGAGGUACUGUCCAACGUGGAGCUGAAGAUUGAGCGAGAUCUGGAUGACAUUGCAAGUCUAUGUAUGCUGAAGAAGCUCGGUGUGGUUAUCAACAAGGGAAGUGAUUUCCUGUCAUUGUUUACAGUAAUCAGUGACCUCCUACAUCGGUACCUCCGUUCUCUGUCAAUUACUCUUAACAUAGAUGAGCGCACUCUUCCCGGACUACAGCAAUGUUCGUCGGAGCUGCCUGAGAACAAGUUCCCCAAGGUUCUUGAGAGCCUAAGCAUCAUUGGAAGCACAACACAAGAGUAUGAUCUUCAUCUUCUUACAGUGUUUGCCAAGGAUGCCAAUCAACUUGCCAAGGUAACUCUAAGACGCACUUUGCUGAGCCAGAAAGGUCUCGAGGUCCUCGCCAAGCUUCCCAAGUUAUCUUGUGUCAGGCUUCGGUACAUCAAAUACACCCAUACUGAGCUCACCUUCAUCAAGGGUGAAUUCCAGAAUCUCGCCGGCUUUGUUAUCGAGGGACCCGGCAUAACUGGAAUCAAGUUCGAAAAUGGAGCCGCUAACCAUCUUGAGAAGAUGGUGUGUUUAUUCACCAACAUAGAGUCUCUAUCCGGUGUCGACAACCUUCCAAGUAUAAAGAAGAUAGAGUUCAACGGUGAGACUGUCCCUAAGGAGGUGGAAGAAGCCAUGGGUAGGCAAACAAGGAGAAAGCUCUAUACCUGUGCACGCACAAAUAAACCAGAAAGCGAGAGCAAACAACAGGAAAGGCCAGACGACAACACAUCAUCGUCGUGGAAGAAAGUUAAGUGUUUGGGCUGGAGGAACUGA